AUGGCUCGGUCAAUGUUCCCGUUUGAUGAUACCUAUCGAGUCACUUUUAAUGGAUCACUGUUACCAUCUCAGAGCGUUUCUGGAGAAAUCAUGCCAGUCCACUUCUCGGAUACUGAAGCUCCUGAAUCAACCACAUCGACAGUCUCCACCGAUCUCGCAAUGUCUUCCCCGUCAACCGGAAUUACUGACAUUGAUACAACGUCUCCAGAAUCGGUAGAUGCGAAAACGGACCAGAUUAAGGUUUCAUCAAUACUCGAGAUUACCAAUAACAAUAACAACAAGGAAGUUGACAAGGUGGUGCCAGAAAUCGAGAUGAAACAUGAUAUUGUUGUCAUUUUGCCACUCCGACCACAUUCAGCAUAA